AUGCACCGGGCGCGGCCGGCGGUGACCACUGUGUCUCGACCCGCAGGUACGUUCGUAGCGAGCGGGGAGUGCGGACGGGGCGCGUCGUGCCGGCCCUGCCCGGCCGGCACCUUCUCCAACGCGGCGGGACGCGACGGCUGCAGAAUGUGUCGGCAGUGCGAAGGACUAUUUCAGUAUUUAAAACCGUGUUCCUCAACAAGUGAUGCUGAAUGCACGUGCAAGGAGGGCUAUAGCUGCGGCGGUGACGGCUGCACCUACUGCACCCGAAGCUGUGGUGUGGGCAAGGAGAGCACCAGGAACGGUUGCCAGACUUGCCGCUACGGAACCUUUAAUGAUCAGCCCAAUGGCUCCUGUAAAAACUGGACAAUGUGCUCUGGAAACCAAGUCCUGGAGCCUGGAACCCCAGCAAAAGAUGUCAUUUGCAAACACGCUUCAGUCAAUCCCACUUCAGUCACUACUCUACCUACCACAUCUCUUGAAAUUCCAUUUUCUAUCACUGUGCCAGGGGAUGAUGUUCAGACAGACACGAUCAGGAUUUCUCUCGCUGUGGCUGGGCUGUUGUGCAUAAUCUUUCUGCUGCCGUUGUGCAUCUGCUUCAGUGUCUGGCAUAAAAAGAAAAUACGAACUGUCUUCAAGAAAAUGCACACACCUGAACAGUCAAUUCAGGAAGAUGAUGCCUGUAGCUGCCACUUCCCUGAGGAAGAACAAGGUGAAUAUCAGGACCGCAAAUCCACAGAAUUCAGAGAUCUUCUGGUGACCUAGAAAUUGAACUGUCCAAGUCAGCCACAUUUUAAUUUCCUUUUGGAGCACAGAACAAGAACCUGUUUAUGUAAAUAGAGGGGGUGUCAGCAUCUGACUGUUAGAGUCACUGAGGGAAAAAUGCUUUUUUAAAUCUUUCUUAGUAAAAUAGUAAAAAAACCCUCCAAAACA